CUUCCCUUGCCCCUUUACGUGAGUCCAUGUCAGCAAACCAAGUGCCCGCCGCAGCCGCCCAAUGACCACUACUUGGGCACACCUCGACCAGAAGCAGGAAGAUGGGUCACGCAUUCCACCCCCCUUUAACCUUCAUCUCCUGUUUGACUCUCAAAAUAACUAUGAUCUGUUCCCUGCUCGGGUGCCUUAAGCUGUCCAACUACUCGCAUCCCCGCCGCUCACUCACUUUUGCUCUUCUCCACACACAGGCGGGCGGGCGCGGACACCGUUUCUCCCUGUCGACACAGUGAAACUGUCGACGAAUUGUGUACCUCCUUAUCACCUCCCAUUUGCCUGUGUCGUGUCGCAUUCAGUACACACUGAUCCUAAAAC